UUUGACGUGACACUGUUUGACUCUACGCUUUUUUAGCUGUUAUCUGUGUUUCACACCUCGCGCGUAUAUGUAUAUACAUAUAUAUUUUUUCAUUUUACUUUACUUAAAUUGUUGGGUUUUGUAUCAGCCUAAACGUCUUCGCUCUUAAUGCGCGGACCUUUUUUUAAACUUAGCGCUUUUAUUAUUAUUAUAUUUUUCCCCCCUGAGGCUCAGCCUGCACCUGCGUGAAGGUAAACGCUUGCGAUAGAGGAGCGGAUUGAUAUGCAGAUUGUUUUGCAUGCUUUGUGAGGGGUUUAUUAUUGUUUAUGCAACACGAGCUUUUUGAGAAAGAGAAAGAGAGAGAAAGAGACUGUCUUUUCAGCGCUGGAGCUGCUGCGUAAUGCUGCGUGAUAAACUGUUUGUCUUAUUUUUUGCAGUGCAAUAUUUUUUAUAUUUUUGCGUUUGUUCAAAGCAUUUGUUUCAAAUGCAACGACUUCUAGAAAGCAGCUCAGCCCGGCUCUCCGUGGCGGCCACGGAGCAGCUGCCCGGGUGAGCUUGAGGACGCCGGGACGAACUUCGGAGGCUCGCCGGCUGCAGAUCGGACACGCUGCUGUGCUCUCGCAGGUGGUAGCCGGAGCCCGCCGGAGCGCGCCGGAGCCUCCCCAAGCCUCCUGCCGGUGCUGCCGGUGCUGCUUCCCGGAUAGAUCCGGCGUGAGAUCCCCCCCUGUUUUCCAUGUUGGCUACAAAUUUGCUUCACUGUUGCGAUAUUAAAACAAGGGCGGGCCUUGGCACUGCGCCAUUUUUUUUUUUUAUUUUAGGGGGAGGUGGGGUGGGAGCUGGAAGAAGGGUGUAUUUACUACACUUGUGGAGGAGCUCCGCGUCACACUCGGGCAUUGUCAUCUAAGGAAAGCAGCACCAGCCGCUUGCUUUGAAGUAGAAACCCGUUACUUCGCGGCGCGCGGCUCCGGUUGGGUCCGGUGGAGAUGGCCGAAGCCACAGUAGAUAAACUGUGCAGCGCAGCUGCAACAGGGCAGUUCAAAAUGGUCCAGCAGAUCCUGCAGUGCAACGUAGACCCGAACAAGAAGAACGAGUUCAACAGAACCGCAUUACAGGUGGUGAAGAUGGGCUGUCCCGCGGUGGUGGAGCUCCUGCUGAAGAAGGGCGCGGACCCGAACCUGCGCGACCCGGUGAAGGACCUGACCAUCUCACACGACGUGGCGCGCGAAGGCCACGCGGACACGCUCGCGGUGCUUUUGACCUACGUAGCUGACGUCAACCUCAAGGACAAAGACGGUAACCUGCCUUUGCACCUGGCGGCGCGCGAGGGCCACCUGGACGCCGUGCGUCUGCUUGCACCGUGCACUGCGCAUCUCUUCUCGCGCAACCACGAGGGACUUACGCCUAUCGAGCUGGCGCGCGCGCACCGCCGGGAGGACACUGCGCGGUGGCUAGAGAGCUACCAGCCCCCGCAAACCCCGCAACAACCGCAGAGUUUAGACUAAUUAUUGAGCCCCAGCAGGCUUUUCAAGUGUGUGUGCGCGCGUGCGUGUGUGUGUGCGCUGACUGGCUGAACGAGCGUUUAUAAAGUAGUAGCAAAAAAUUAGCUCUUGCUAUAUUUCGCCAACUACCUCUUUUCUUAUGUUGUAAAACAGGUCCAGUUAAAGGUUCUAAUACACACACCUGCUUGUAGCAUCUUCUUGGGUCAGUGUGUUUAUCAGUUAAAAAUUCUAAAAUAAAAAAAUAAAUAUCCAUCGAAAAUAUGCAACAAAAUCUGAUGGGUCAAUGUAAUGUUUAGCAUUUUAAAUUUCUGACAAUUUGAGGCUAAAUUCUAAAAAUAAAAAAUACACAUCAAAAAAUAUGAAACACAAUCUGACGGGUAAGUUUAAUAUUUAAAAAUUCAGUUUUCUGACUAUUUGAGGCUAAAUUCUAAAAUACAAAAUAUACAAGCAUCUCCUAACAAAACCUGAUGGGUCAGUGUAAUGUUUAUCACUUAAAUUCCAAAAAAGAAUAAGGUUUACAAUGUUUGGUAAUAUUAACUAGUUUUCUAUAGUAAAGGAGUUUUGGAACAUUCUGAUGUCAUAUUCUAAAGUGCUUUUGUUGCAUGAUGCAAAAAUUUAAAGAUCGGGAAAAAAGGAUUCAUAAUUACAUUUUUUUCUUGAAAUUCAUACUGUGAGGGGCAGAAAUAAAAAAAGAGAAAAUUGGAGGAUAGAUGGAUGAAAACACAUUUGAUUUUUUUUGCUAAACUAAAUAGAAAACUGAUUUUCUAUUUUUAAACUUAGCUUCAAAAGGUUCAGAAAACAGAACUGCUAAAUGUUCCACUGACCUUGUUGCAGUGUGGUCGGCUGUAUUUUAUAUAUUUUUUGUUUUUCUCUCCAGCUGCUCUAAAGCAUUGUCAUAGUGACAUGAACUUUAUUCUUAUUAUAGUAAUAAAAUGAUACUAUUGGGGUGAUUUUGUUUCACUCCAAUGAGAACAAGUAUGAAAGAAGUGUGAAGUUUAUCCCUGGUUUUAUUUGAAAGAGUGACUAAUAUCUAUAUUCUGAAAUGCAAUAAGUGCUGCCCUAUUUGUUUGUAAUUUUUGACACGCAGUAAUGUCUAUAUCCAAGUUUAUUAAUCAAGCCUUGCGGUUUCUUUUCUUGUGCUAACAGCUAAAUACAAUGCAGCUAAACAAAGCUACCAAAUUUUCAAUUGCGAUAUACAGCUCUGGAAAAAAAUAAGAGACCUCAAAUAAUUCAAAGCAAACAAGUUCAGAAAUCAAUGUUUGGUGGAAUAACCCUGGUUUUUAAUCACAGUUUUCAUGCAUCUUGGCAUGUUCUCCUCCCUCAGUCUUACACACUGCUUUUGGAUAACUUUAUGUCGCUCCUGGUGAAAAAAUUCAAGCAGUUUAGCUUGGUUUGAUGGCUUGUGAUCAUCCAUCUUUCUCUUGAUUAUAUUUCAGAGGUUUUCAAUUUGGUAAAAUAAAAAAAACGUAUAAUUUUUAAGUAGUCUCUUAUUUUUUUCGUGAGCUGUAGAUAUUUUUUAAUAUGUAUCACUUACUGCCUUCUAAGUGGAUAGGAAGCAAGGCAUCAAGCAUUUCUUGCGUUUUGGACGAAGGGUUUAUAUAAGGUCUUUAUACAGCUGCCAUUUUUUACAGUUAUAUAUUUUAGGCUUGCCAUCCCUAUGAUGACCGCAGAGUUAGAACAGCAUCAAAGUUUAAAUCAAAUAUUAAUGAAAAAAAAACUAUUUGCAGAAAUAAUUGCACUAGGCCUGCAAAGGUCAGCGUCAGAAGCUCUGCUGCUCUUAUAUUGUCCAUCUGUUUUUCGCUGUUUUGACAAUUUAAUUGCACUUUUGCUUGUAUAUAAUGCAUUGUAUUACUUUAUCAGAGUUAACUGUGAACUGUGAAUGUCUUUUUAUUAUUUUUGGUUGCAUCUUUAUUUUGUUACUUGCAAACCAAAGACAGGCUGUGUUAGAUGGUUCCCAAAUAAAGGUAACAUCUUUAACUUAAGCUAAAUGGAGGCUAAACGCAGGAUUCACUGUACAUUUUCGCAGUUUUACUGUGUAAAAUUAGUGAAAUCUGUAGCAAGCUCCCUAAGAUGUGAGAUAUUAAUAUUAACAGUGAAAUGCAGUUAGACCCGGUGUUCUGUCGAGAUGUGCUUCUCAAAACCAGUGCGCAUUUUUUAAUUUACCCCCCUCGGAAACCCCUUGCCAUUAUUUGUCUUUAUUAUUAUUUGAGUUUUACAAAUGCGUAAAUGACCCAAAAAAAUCCCAACAAAUCGCGAAGACACAUUUUAAGGGUAAAUUAACCACUUUUCCAGUUUUUCCAACUCACUCCCACAAGGUAACGUUAGGUAAUUUGUUGUUCAGUGUAAUUUGCUUUUAACCCUUUUAUUGCUUAACUUGUAGCAUUAGCAGCUAUGUUAGCUGUUCCGCAAGCUAUUAACUUGGUUAGAAGCAGCUAAUCUCUCCUAACACAGACUUAACUUGAUUCCCCUCUGCAUAUAUUUUAUGAAUGUUUAAUUCAUUAAAUAUACACUGUAUAGAACCAUAUUAUGCUUCGUUUUCUGAAAAAGACACACGCAAAAUGUUUAUUUCUUCACUUCUUACAUCAAUUUAGCCAGUAUCAUUAUCUCUGGCUUUAAAAAACUAUAUCAACAUGCCCACUCAUUAUGUUCUACUGCCUACUGAGCAAUGAAAAAUACGGGUUAUAAUCACCCUUAAUAACUCUAAACUCUCUCCAGGUAUAUUGAAUCAGGCUUUCCAAAUAUUCUACCGAAAGCAUGUUUAAAUAUGGGGAUUUUCUUGCAUCUGGCAUUUUCACAUUUAAAUAUACACAAGGGCAGCACGGUUUGACAGGGUGACAAAACUCGACAGAACACCGGCAUUGGGAGGCCUAAGUCAAAACUAUUGUAUUGUCUAUUAAGCCUAUCUGAUAAAUACUAAUUGACGGUUAAGAAUUGAGCUUGAUUGAUUAAUAUGAUGCAAUAAAUCGCUGUGACUAAA